CGGUACGUUCUUGUCGCAGGCCAAAUGCGUCACAGUAUUGUGCACGGGAUUGUUUCCAUCUCCGCAGUACGCUUUUCCCAGAGCCAGCGGGGACAAAACAGUGGGUCGAGGGGUACUCACUCCUCCGACCUUCGAGGUUUGCUUUCCGGUUGGCGUGCUUCGGCCCCCAUCUGACUCGACCCCUCGCGCUAUGAGCAGAGGUAGAGGCGGGCCUGACAACGAACACUAUUACCGACACCCGCCGCCUUAUCGCCAAGCGAGGCAACCUUCGGAAAGACCCGGCCCAUCCGCUCCCUUCCCGAGAAGCGGCCCGCAGUUCCAACAGCCGUAUUGCUACGACCGACCUCUCCGUGGCGUAGCCUCCCCUCCGUCUGCCCCGCCCAUACCAAACGUGACUAAGAAGCCUCCCAAUCCUAACGCACCCUCGCAGAGUUAUACCCCCCACCCUGUCCUCAAUUCUUUUCAGUACCUUCAAGUCCAGUUUCUGAGAGGACACAGCGCCGAGGCACCCCAGUUCAAAGUCAGUCCCCAAAAACCCGGCAGCUUCAAUAAUUCCUCGUACCAGCAGCAGCCAGGUUACAGUCGCUAUCCAAAACCACACUGGGCUCGAGGUUAUCACAGCCAGACCCCCAAUCUCGCCGGACAGCCAAAUCAAAAGCAGGCGCAGAGUCCAUACGGCGGCGGCGGCGGGGAAUGGCGCAUCGACGCCCUCUGCGAUAGUUUUCAGAGCGUGUCCCUCUACCAAAAACCAGCGGGCGUCAUCACGUUCACUCCACAAAUCCAGGAGCGGGUGCACAGGGCUUUAAAUCCGACCCAAAGUGUCUCUGCUAGAUUUUUAGCCAAAACACUACAUCUUCCCAAAAAGGUGGUCAACCAGGCCCUGUACUCAUUGUUGGAGUCACGCAAAGUCUCCAAGGUAGGCCUUGCCCCUCCAAAGUGGACUUUAUACGUCAGGGACGAGAAACCUCAAAAAUCUCUUUCGGGGAAACCCCAACAAGUCAAGUUAGAGACGACGACAGAAAAAGAAGAAGACUCCGACGCAGAUUCACAGUUUUCCAGCUCUUCUUCGGAGUCGUCGCUUUCAGAACUUUCAUCCGGACAAAGUCGUCAAACUCCAAUUUCCACAAUGCCUGAACAGAAGGAGCACAUUUUGCAGCACCUGUUGAACUUAGGGCCGGUAACAGCUCUGGUGCUAUCCAAAAACAUGAGCUUGAAGACUUCCAAGCAGGUCAAUUCCACCCUGUACGCCCUGGAGAAGCUCGGCGACGUGGUGAAGAACGACCACGUCAAACCGCCUACCUGGGAGCUCUCGCCCCAUCGCAAAGAGAGGAUGAGGAGGACUCUGCAAGCCGCACGAGGCCAGCACAUGAUCAAGGUAGAAGAUCAAGUCAGGCACCUCCUGCUGCCUGAGCCCAUGCCAGAACUUGAGCCGCUGCCGUUUGAUGAACCGUGGUUGCCUAAGACUGAAGUGCUGUCUCCUACCACGGUUCAACCUCCGAGCUUAAACGCAAGUCAGGAGGAAACGACCGUGGAAGGACAGUGGGCCUCGGAUGAUAUCCCCGAAUAUCUAAACGCCAUUCGCAAACAGACCGACUUGGAGAGAGCGGCCGCCGACAACCCGGUGGGAACCGUCGCCGUGUCGCUGGCCGCCCCGCCGGCGCAGAACCUUUGGGCCAAGUUGCAAGAGGUCCGUCUGAAGAACCCGGUGAGCGGCCUAAUGGAGUACGCCCAAUAUCUGGGACACAAUUGUGAGUUCAUACUCCUGGACCAGUCGGGACCGUCCCAUGACCCCAGGUUCCGCAUGCAGGUGAUGCUGAACGGGAGAUUGUUUCCCAUCGUGGAAGCCUCGGCGAAGAAGGUCGCCAAGAAAGACGCCGCCGCCGCCACUUUGCUGAUCCUUUUCGGCGAGAUGCAAGGAGGCGCGAGUAGCGGGAACGAAGGGAGCACCGCCGGGAUGGACCAAACGAUGAACGCGCUCUCCGACUCUCAGGGCACCAUUGAGGGCUCCGGAGGGGUUUUUGGAGGAGGCACGGUGGAAGUGAUGGGCAUGCCCGAGGGACCUCGCCCGCCGCUGUCACGCUCUCUCCUCGGCGGGAAGAAUCCCGUGUCCGUUCUGAUGGAGUACAGCCAGCGCAGCGGGAAUCCCAUCGAAUUCAUCAUCACCGGACAAGUUGGCCCGCCACAUGAUCCGAGGUUCAUGUACAAAGUAAAGGUCGGCGAGAACCUGUUUGCGGAGGCCUCGGCUCCGAGCAAGAAGGCAGCGCGCCAGCUGGCAGCCGAGGAGGCCGUCAAAGAAUUGAUGGCCGACGGCAGGCUGCAGCUUAACAAGUUUUCUCCUUGUUUCUUCGCCAUCCCGCCGCAGCCCCAGCUGCCCCUGGGCUCCUCCAGCGACAGCGACAGCUGCGGGACUUGCCCCUCUCUGCCGCCUCUGACGGCCGACGAGUUGCGAGCGGCCCACGAGGCCGGCGUGGGCGAUCUCAUCAACCACCUGAACAACAACGCCGUGUCGGGUCUUCUGGAGUACGCCCGGGCCAGAGGAUUUGCGGCUGAGAUUCGGCUGGUGGGCCAGUCGGGGUCCGCGCACGAGCCAAAGUUCACCUAUCAGGCCAAGUUGGGUGGACGCUGGUUCCCGCCAGUUUGCGCUUCGAACAAGAAGCAAGGCAAGCAGGAGGCGGCCGACGCCGCGCUUCGCGUUUUGAUUGGUGAGGCAGAGAGGGCAGCCCGCACCGGAGAGCUCAUCCCCGCCGAGCUUCCUGUGAGUGGCAGCACAUUGCACGACCAGAUCGCCAUGUUGAGCCAUCAACGCUUCAACGCCCUGACCACGCGCAUCCAGCACAGCCUGCUGGGACGCAAAAUUCUGGCCACCAUCGUCAUGAGGCGAGGGGAAGGCCUGGGAACGGUUGUUAGCCUCGGCACGGGCAAUCGCUGCGUUAAAGGGGAGGAGCUAAGCCUCAAAGGGGACACUGUGAAUGAUGGCCAUGCUGAAAUUAUCUCCAGGAGGGGAUUUGUUAGAUUUCUGUACAGUGAGUUGCUGAAGCACUUUGAAGGUGGCGACAACAGCAUAUUUGAAGCGGCGGCGGAUAAGAAACUGCAGAUCAAACCCGACAUCACCUUUCACCUCUACAUUAGCACGGCGCCAUGCGGGGACGGCGCUCUGUUCGACAAGUCGUGCAGCGAAACGGGGGAAGAGGUGGGCUGUCACCAGCCGCUCUUUGAGAACGCCAAGCAAGGCAAGCUGCGCACCAAGGUGGAAAACGGCGAGGGAACCAUCCCGGUCGAGUCCAGCGCUAUCGUGCCCACCUGGGAUGGCAUCCAGCAUGGGGAGAGGCUGCGCACCAUGAGUUGCAGUGAUAAAAUCCUGCGCUGGAACGUGUUGGGCCUACAGGGGGCGCUGCUCACUCACUUUUUGCAUCCUAUCUACCUGAAGUCCAUCACACUUGGCUAUUUGUACAGCCACGGUCACCUGACGCGGGCCGUGUGUUGUCGGCUGGCCAGAGAUGGCGACGCGUUCAGCCAAAGUCUCCCCCCUCCCUUCCAGCUAAACCACCCCGAGGUGGGUCGAGUCAGCGUGUACGACUCCACGCGUCACACGGGCAAAACCAAGGAGUCCAGCGUAAACUGGAGCCUUCCGGACCACACGAGUGUGGAGGUUCUGGACGGGACCAAAGGCAAACUCGACGGAAGCAAGCUGGGCGUGUCCCGCGUGUCCAAAUCCAACCUGUUCUGUCUGUUCCACACACUGUGCCAGCGCUGCGAGCGCCCCGACCUCCUCGCCAUGCACUCGUACUCUCAGGCCAAGCUGGCGGCCAGCUCCUUCCAGCUGGCCAAGCACCGCUUCUUCCAAGCGCUCGGCGACCACGGCUACGGCGCCUGGAUCGGCAAACCGCUGGAGGAGAAGAGCUUCGAGGCUGGGGAGGAGGUGGCUAACGCGCCGGCCGCGUUCUGCACCGCUCGGAACGGCGGCGCCAUGGAAUACAACCAGGCGGAGGCGUAGGGUGGGGCGGCGGGAAAAAUCGAGAGGGGGAGGGCAAAAAAAAAA